AUGGAAAAAUUAAAUGUCACAUAUAUAACUUUUGAUGGGCAUGUGGAAAUGCACAAAUAUAGAUACCUUUAUUUUGUGAUCAUGUUUAUAGCCUAUAUUCUGAUAAUUUGCUGUAAUUCCACUAUUGUGUGCAUCAUAGUGAUUCACAAAUCCUUCCACGAGCCUAUGUACAUCUUCAUUGCAGCUUUGUUAAUCAACUCUGUUCUUUUCAGCACUGCUAUCUACCCAAAGCUUUUAAUUGACUUUUUAUCGGAAAAACAGAUCAUAUCAUAUUCAGCGUGUAUCUUUCAGUGGUUUAUAUAUUACUCUCUAGGCAGUUCAGAAUAUUUCCUGUUGGCAGUCAUGGCUUAUGACAGGUAUGUUUCUAUAUGUAAACCUCUGCAAUAUCCAAUUAUCAUGAGAAAAAAAACUGUCAGUAUUUUCCUUGUUUUAGCUUGGGUUCUGCCUCUUUGUCAGAAUUCAGUGGGAGCUGUACUGAGUGCUUACAAAAAACUCUGUAACUAUACUUUCAAAGGAAUAAUUUGUAACAGCACAGUUUCCAAACUUCAUUGUGUAAGGUCAAGAAUUCUGAAUAUAUAUGGCUUGAUUGUUUUUGUAGAUGUUGUACCUCUCCCUGUACUCUUCAUACUUUUUACAUACACCAGGAUAUUUAUAAUAUCCUAUCGAAGUAGUAGAGAAGUCACGAGAAAAGCUGCACAGACCUGUUUACCCCACCUGCUGGUUCUAAUCAACUUUUCUUGUUUGAGUGCAUAUGAUGUACUUCUAGCUCGACUGGAAACUGAUUUUUCCAAAACUGUGCGUUUAAUAAUGUCUUUACAAGUGAUUUUGUAUCACCCUCUCUUUAAUCCAAUCAUAUAUGGACUGAAAAUGAAAGAAAUUUAUAAACAUCUGAGGAGGCUGUUCUGUAAAACAGCCUAA